AUGUCGUCGGAAGGCCUAAAGUGGAUUGAAAAGGAGCAGCUACCGGAGUAUAGUGAGGAUACGACGGCCGCCUCAGCCGCUCAGGCUCGCCGUCGGGUGUAUGAGCGAGCGAAAGUGAACCCGCUUUUGCCUCUCGGUUGCCUGCUGAUGAUCGGAGCAUUGGUACGAGGUCUUCGAGCGUGUUCGAAAGGCGACCCAAUGGUCGGCGGCGCGCUGCUCGCCGCCACCGGCAUCGUCCAGGAGACUAAAUCUAGCGGAUCGGAAAAGUCGCCGGAAAAACCGGAAAAUGUGUGA